GAACCCGACGGAAGUCAGGGGGCGCGCCCUGGAGGCGCCGCUGCGGCGCUCCGGGCUAGGGGUCGCCCUUAGAGCCAGACUCGGCCGCCUGGAGGAGCCAUGUCUCCUGCAGCCUUGGGUGGCCCCUCCUGGCCCGGGCGCCUGCCCCUGCGCAAGAGGAGAUGCCGUUGGAAUUCCCCGUGAAUGCUGGCAGGAGGAAUGUCCGAGCCGCCCGCCGAAAACUGUCCGAAAAAGAGCCAUAUGUAGGCCGGGGACCCCGAACCACGUCGUGAGAAUUGCUGCUCCCUAGGAUGGACUUCCUGGUUCUCUUCCUGUUCUACUUGGCUGCGGUGCUGGUUGGUGGCGCCACGAUCUGCGUCUGCUCCCGAACCAGUUACCUGAGAGGCCUGGUCAGGGGAGGCACACAGGUAUUUUCCUAUAUAAUUCCGGAAUGCCUUCAGAGAGCGAUGCUAAGUUUGGUCCAUUACCUCUUUCACACACGGAACUACGUCUUCGUUGUCCUGCACCUCACCUUGCAAGGGAUGGUUUAUACCGAGUACACCUGGGAAGUGUUUGGCUACUGCCGAGACCUGGGCUUCUCCUUGUGCUACCUGCUUCUGCCCUACCUGCUGCUGGUGGUGAACCUGGCGUUUUUCACCCUAAGUUCUGUGACCGACCCUGGUGCCAUAACAAAAGCAAACGAGUUACUGCUUCUUCAAGUGUACGAGUUUGAUGAGGUCAUGUUUCCGAAGGAUGCGCGGUGCCCUACGUGUGACUUACGGAAGCCAGCACGGUCCAAGCACUGCGGUGUGUGUGACCGGUGUGUGCACCGUUUCGACCACCACUGUGUGUGGGUCAACAACUGCAUCGGGGCCUGGAACGCCAGGUACUUCCUCCUCUACCUCCUGACGUUGACCGCGUCAGCGGCUGCCGUGGCUGUCGUGAGCACCACGUUGCUGGUCCGGGUGGUGGUGCUGUCCGACUUGCACCUGGAGACUCGCGUCGACGACCUUGGACAUGCCCAGGUUAUCGACAUCUUCCUGCUUGUGCAGUACCUGUUCCUGACCUUCCCGAGGAUUGUCUUCCUGCUGGGCUUUGUCGUGAUGCUGAGCUUCCUCUUGGGAGGCUUUCUGUGCUUUGCUCUGUACCUGGCCGCCACCAACCAGACUACCAACGAGUGGUACAGAGGCGACCGGGCCUGGCACCAGCGUUGCUCCCAAGUGGCGGGGGCCCCGUCAGCAGAGCCCCAGGUCUACCGGAACAUUCACUCCCACGGGCUUUGGAGCAACCUUGGAGAGAUCUUUCUGCCUGCUGCUGCUGCUGCACACUAUGAGAAAAAGAGGACAUGAGACUGGGAAGGGUGUCACUGCCUUCUAAAUACAGUGGACAUUCAUUUAUGCAUAUGGAUUCUUUCCAAGCAUUGGCAUUUCUGUUUUCUGGUCUGUGUUUAUAAUCAGCUUUCAGUGGUUAAGGGAGGGAAGUGAAAAGUAGGGUUUACUAAGUCCCUAACAGAAAUCUCCCUUGCUCACCUCCGUUCACGCAGCCCGCCGGAGUGGAGCUUCUCUGAAGUCCUGGCGACUUCUCAGAGGUCCCCGCCGACCUUGGUCUCCCACUCUGGGCUCAGCUCUCGGACAAAAGGGGCCUAGUGACUGUCACCUGGUGUGUCCCCUGGUCUCAGCGACUUGGAGUUGUGCCUGGCUGUGCCUUCUUGAUGCCCUUCCCAUAUCUCCCAGGGAAAGGCCUUGUGUUUUGUUUUUUGUUAUAUUUUCCCCACUUCCUUAA